AGAUGUCAGGAGGUGGAGAAAAUGAAGCAACUUUAGAGUCAACACCAACAUGGGUGGUUGCUAUCCUAUGCACUGUUUUUGUUGUUGUUUCUUUGGCUGCUGAGAGGCUUAUUCAUUACACUGGCAAGUAUUUGAAGAAGACCAAUAAGAAACCACUCUUUCAAGCCUUACAAAAGAUCAAAGAAGAGCUGAUGUUGAUGGGAUUCAUAUCAUUGCUGUUAACGGUAUUCCAAGGAAGAAUUGGUACAUUAUGCAUUUCUCAUAAUUUGGCCAAUAAAUGGCUUCCUUGCAACAACCAACCUGUGUUAAACCUUCAAACUCACCUUAUUUCGCGUCAUUUACUAGCUCAAACUUCCAACUCCGCCAAUUAUUGUCAACUAAAGGGAAAGGUUCCGGUGUUAUCAGUAACAGCGUUGCAUCAUCUGCAUAUAUUCAUCUUUGUAUUAGCUGUUGUCCAUGUGGUUAUGUGCGCCCUCACUGUUCUCUUUGGUGGCAUUAAGAUAAGAGAAUGGCGAAUAUGGGAAGAAGUAAUCCAGAAAAUGAUGGAUGACCCAGAAGAUGAUGUAAAACCGCUUGAUUUUGUCCGGAGUCAUUCUUGGGCAGUUUCCAAUAGAUUGAUAGGUUGGGUGGAAGCGUUUUUCAAACAAUUUUAUGGAUCGGUGACAGAGUCAGAUUACAGAGCUAUGCGGAUGGGCUUUAUCAUGACACAUUGUAAGAGUAAUACAAAAUUCAAUUUUCACAAUUAUAUGGUUCGUGCUUUUGAAGCUGACUUCAAGAAAGUUGUUGGAAUAAGCUGGUUUCUUUGGUUAUUCGUCAUCAUCUUUUUGUUUCUAAAUGUAAACGGUUAUCAUGCUUAUUUUUGGAUUGCUUUUAUUCCUCUAAUAAUGUUAUUUGGUGUGGGUAUGAAAUUGGAGCACAUAAUCAUAAAACUGGCAAAGCAAGUAGCCGAUGAAAGGCAUUCAGGGCAUAUUGUAAUUCAUCCAUCAAAUGAUUAUUUCUGGUUCCACAAGCCUCGUCUGCUCCUUUUAUUGAUUCAUAUAAUCCUGUUUCAAAACUCCUUCGAACUCGCUUUUUUCUUCUGGAUUUGGGUUCAAUAUGGUUUUGAUUCCUGCAUUAUGGGUUCCAUUGGCUAUACUGUUCCAAGACUCGUCAUUACGGCAUUUGUGCAGUUUAUCUGUAGUUACAGCACAUUACCGCUCUAUGCAAUUGUUACGCAGAUGGGAAGUAGUUUCAACAAGGCUAUAUUUGAAGAUUACAUACAAGAACACUUGAUAGAGUGGGCACACAAAGCCAAAAAGACUCGAACGAGUUUGCAUCAUCUUCUUCCGUCUCCUCCUCGCGAUGCUGCAGUCACUAAAAGAACACUGUCAAUGCCCGCCAUAAGAAUAUCUACGGUUGAAGAAGGUCACAAUUCGACUGCAAGGGAGAUCAAAUCGGAGCAUCAUAUUCAUACAGAAAAAGAAAAUGUUGUUGAGACACAACUAACUUGUGAGGGUGUUACAAAAUCAGCUGAAAAACCAGUUUUGUGAACUGUAGAUAGUCUUGUUUUCUUUCUAUUAGAAGAAUUAGACAUCAAUUAUGAUUGGAACUAUUUCUUGUUUGCAAAUGAGUGUUGAUGUAUUUAUUGGAGAGUAAGUAUUAUUUUUACAAAAAGAAAA